CGCGGUGGGAGGCUCGGGAGAGGCCGGCGGUUUCCCUUUCCUCCCCCCUUCCCUUUUCCCUUCCCGUUUCCGGGAGUUCCCUCAGCCUCCAGGACGGGAAAUGGAGCGGGAGUGAAGCCUCCUCCGCUCCCGCCGCCGACCCCUUCCCUUUCCCCCCUUUCCCCGCACUCGGAGCGGGACUAGAGGCCCACAAGCCACGGAUUUCAUACCCUGACCAAGGCUUGCUUAGCAGUUGAUGCGGAAAAUAAAGAGGGUUCGGCUGGAAAACGAAAGCCCAGGAAGUCGGAGAAGUCCCUUGACCAGUUCAGGAGGAAGGCCUAGGAUGACAGCAGUGGAUGCUCUCUCGGAUAGUGCUGAGGCGGCGGACAUGGAGGACACGUCAGCGUCCCGCUUCCAGGUGGAGAAGCAUUCGUGGGAGGGGUUGCGGGACAUCAUUCACAGCAGCCGGAAGUACACAGGGAUGAUUGUGAACAAGGCACCCCACGACUUCCAGUUUGUUCGGAAAACCGAAGAAUCGAGCCCUCAUUCCCAUCGGCUGUAUUAUCUAGGAAUGCCAUACGGCAGUAGGGAAAACUCCCUCCUCUACUCCGAGAUUCCCAAAAAGGUACGGAAGGAAGCCCUGCUCUUGUUGUCGUGGAAGCAAAUGCUGGAUCACUUCCAGGCCACCCCCCACCAUGGAAUGUACUCCAGGGAGGAAGAGCUGCUGAGGGAGCGGAAGCGGCUGGGUAUUUUUGGGAUCACCUCCUAUGACUUCCACAGCGAGAGUGGCCUCUUCCUUUUCCAGGCCAGCAACAGCCUUUUUCACUGCCGGGAUGGAGGCAAAAAUGGUUUCAUGGUCUCUCCGAUGAAGCCGCUGGAGAUUAAGACGCAGUGUUCGGGGCCCAGGAUGGACCCCAAGAUCUGCUCGGCUGAUCCUUCUUUCUUUGCCUUCAUCAACAACAACGACCUGUGGGUAGCGAACAUCGAGACGGGAGAAGAACGGCGGUUGACUUUUUGCCAGAAAGGCUUAUCCAGUGUGCUAGAUGACCCCAAAUCAGCCGGUGUCGCUACAUUUGUCAUUCAGGAAGAGUUUGAUCGGUUUACAGGGUACUGGUGGUGUCCCAAGGCUUGCCAAGAAGGUCCAGAGGGCUGGAAGACAUUACGAAUCCUGUACGAGGAGGUGGACGAGUCGGAGGUAGAAGUUAUUCAUGUUCCUUCCCCUGCCCUGGAAGAAAGAAAGACAGAUUCGUACCGGUAUCCUAGAACAGGCAGCAAGAACCCCAAGAUUGCAUUAAAGCUUGCAGAAUUUCAAACAGACAGUCAGGGGAAGAUUGUGCAUGCCCAGGACAAGGAGCUGGUGCACCCCUUUGAGACCAUGUUCCCAAACGUGGAGUACAUUGCCCGGGCUGGGUGGACCCGGGAUGGCAAAUAG